AUGACUGAGGGACGUUGCAACUGCGGAAGCAUCAAGGUUUCCAUUCCUGCUUUACCAGAGCAAUCUGCUAUCUGCUACUGUGCCAACUGCCGGCGUGCCGGAUCAUGCGCUGGAUCCAUCAUCUACAUGUUCGACAAAUCUGACGUCACAGUCAAUGACCCGAGCAACAAUCUUAAGAAUUACAAGGACAGCGAUACAAAGAGUGGGAAUUCGAUUACCCGACAAUUUUGCGGCAACUGCGGAUGCCCCAUUGCGUCUUUAGUGGGUGACGAAUCGCCAAAAAUGUUCUUGAAGGGUGGUCUGUUUGACAAGAUUCCUGCUCCGGGCUUCAAAUCAUUUGAGCAGGAGGAGCCGAGCUGGCUGAAGAUUGUUUAG